CUCGUAAAGGCAAUUUUCACGCGUUUAGACAACAUGGCAGCUGUUCCAAUGAGAACGUGGAGAUAUUUGACCACGGAGAGUUUCUAUUCCUGGAUAUUUCUUUAUUUGCUCUUAUUCGUUACUAUAGAAACAGCCGCUGCUGCUCCAGAGACGGGAUUAUGGAAAAUUACUGCUUUAAGUCAGACCUCAAGACCGCUACUGUUAAGAAAAUCCAUGUUCAAAGACACUAACAUUGAAAUGAAAGUUGUGUCUUUUGGCUGUCCUGAGGAUGUGACAUUCACCAUCCAGUGGUAUUUGAAAUACUACCCCUGCCACAAUGAUUUCAAUAACAUUGAAGAAAUGUAUGAGCGAACACCGCUGAGUCGUGGGCAGAGCCUUGAUCCGAAUCCCCUUGUACAAGGAGAGUACAUCGAGCAUAAACACAAGCCUAUAAUGUGUAACAGUGAACUGCGCUCCUUUCCAACAUUUAAAAAAGCCAAGGCGGAACCCCGACCUGUCAGUCCACAUGUUGAGGGAGAAGUGUUGGAUGAAAGUGACAUCAGGUGGAUUACUGAGGAGUAUGACAGUGACACAGUGACAAGCAGCGGUACAACGGUCAAAGACAAUGUCAUAGCCUCCACAUGGACGGAUGGGCCUUACCUACUCGUGGUGAAAAUUGUGCCCAGUAAACAAGAUGUUAACUGGAAUUUAACUAUGAAUGUGGUGAUGAAAGGCAGGCAUGGCUACAUUUCCAUCACAGAAUACCCUCUCAUGAUUUUUUACAUGGUUAUGUGCGUGGUGUACAUCCUGUUCGCUCUGUUGUGGUUCACUUGGGCUGCCUGCUACUGGAAAGACAUACUGAGAAUCCAGUUUUGGAUUGCCGGCGUUAUAUUCCUAGGUAUGGUGGAGAAGGCGGUCUUCUGCGCUGAAUAUGAAAACACCAAUGCUGUAGGCUCUGCUUCUCCAGGCCUGCUGAUUUUUGCUGAGCUGGUCUCGGCCCUCAAAAGAACUAUAGCCCGAUUGCUUGUCAUCAUUGUCAGCCUAGGCUAUGGCAUUGUAAAGCCUCGAUUGGGGACAGUAAUGCACAGAGUGGUUGGUCUCGGAGUUCUCUACUUAGUCUUUGCUGCAAUUGAAGGUGUACUGAGGAUAACUGGGGCAAAAGACUCUGACUUGGCCCUGCUGGCCAACAUUCCCCUGGCUCUGCUUGACUCCUCUCUAUGCUGGUGGAUUUUUGUCAGCCUGGCUCAAACCAUCAAGACUCUGAAGCUGAGAAAAAACCCAGUCAAGUUAUCCCUCUACAGGCACUUCACAAACACACUCAUAUUUGCAGUCAUUGCUUCCAUCAUUUUCAUGGGUUGGACAGCAAAGAAAUUUCGUCUAGCAGAUUGCCAGUCGGAUUGGGUUGAGCUGUGGGUGGAAGAUGCUUUCUGGAGGUUUUUGUUCUCUCUCAUUCUACUUGUCAUAAUGUUCCUAUGGAGACCGUCUGCAAACAACCAAAGGUACGCUUUCACACCUCUCAUUGACGACUCAGAUGAUGAGGAAAUCGAGGAAUUUAUUGCCUCUCCAAACAUUGCUGAUGGCAUUAAACUGAGAGGCACAAAAAAUGAGGCAAAUAGUGCAGUGACAUCUCCAGAAACAAACCCGGAAGAGGACUUGAAGUGGGUUGAGGAAAACAUUCCAAGCUCUCUCACUGAUGUAGCCCUUCCUGUUUUACUUGACUCUGAUGAGGAAAGCAUGACGACCAAGUAUGAGAUGUCCAAGCUGGAGUGAGGGGAAACCUUCAAAGCUGUCAGCGGAGGAUGAGGGGCCUACUCGCGACUCUGCAGUUGUCUUCUGUGCACAGUUGCAUCUUAUUACUGGUGGCAGGUAAUGGUGGAGCUCUACUAAUGACCUUCCACCAUCGAAACUGUUUUUUCCCCUCUCAACAACUGGUUCAUCUUUGCCCUGACAGAAUCAGUUUGAGCCUUUCUUUCCAAAGAGGUGAAUUGAUUUUAUAUUAUGUGCUGUAUUUAUUUGCGUUAUGUCUACUUUACAGGAGUUUUUCUACAAGUAAGAACAGAGGGCCUCAUGCAUGAACAUACUCAAAGACACACAAUGUGUUUUUGAGGUGUUUCAAAUGAGAUUAUUUAUGAAGAUAGAGAUAGAUAGCCAACAGGAAUUAAACUUUUAUCUCAUUGAUUUAAAGUGGCGGCACGGUGGACGACUGGUUAGAGCGUCAGCCUCACAGUUCUGAGGACCCGGGUUCAAUCCCUGGCCCCGCCUGUGUGGAGUUUGCAUGUUCUCCCCGUGCCUGCGUGGGUUUUCUCCGGGCACUCCGGUUUCCUCCCACAUCCCAAAAACAUGCAUUAAUUGGAGACUCUAAAUUGCCCGUAGGCAUGACUGUGAGUGCGAAUGGUUGUUUGUUUCUAUGUGCCCUGCGAUUGGCUGGCAACCAGUUCAGGGUGUACCCCGCCUCCUGCCCGAUGACAGCUGGGAUAGGCUCCAGCACGCCCACGACCCUAGUGAGGAGAAGCGGUUCAGAAAAUGGAUGGAUGGAUGGAUGAUUUAAAGUGGGAUUUAGCAAACAUGCAUGUUUCAUGUACUGGUGAGACAUGAUGUUGAGAUGACAACAUUGGAAGAGAACAUUUUGCGUCUAUGCACUUUCACCAUCAAAACUGUGCCUACAUGUCGUUCUUGUAUGAAGCCUGAUAUUCCAAUAGUCUCAGUGUUGAUGUGUCACUUAGUGUGUGAUUGGGAAGACUGAAAACUUACAUCAUUUGUACAAUUAAACCACAAGCGGGUUCAGUAGUUAAUUAAAGGAGCGGGUGGACUUGUGUGUCUUUGGAGCAAUAUACUGUAUGUCUAAGGAAUUUUGUAGCUUCAUUCUUAUUUAUUUAUGAUGAAAGUGUACUUAAAAGUCGUGUUCGCCGUUUCUCUGUUCACACUGUCUUCUUCAGAGCUGUAUUGGGCAAACGCCAAUUUGCUUUUUUCUUGACCAAGUUUGCGUUCUGUGCUUAUUUACACAAACACCUUAACAUUCUCGUUUAUUUUUUCCUGUUUUUUGAAAAUGUCUGCUGGGUGGUGCUGUCAUUGUAGUUUGGAGUAUAAGAGCACUGUUGUCAUGUUGUGUGUGAUGCUUUCAUUGGUUAGCAAAAGCACAAGCUGAUCACCUCCAGAGGAUUAUAAUAUUGUAAUGUCAAUGUUCACAAUCGUUUCCUUUUCAGGCGUUGUAAGAAACAGAGAAUGUGUUUAUGAUGGCCAGCAGUCAUUUGAUUGGUUGAUUGGUUUGAUUGAUUUACAGACACCUGCACCUUGAAUAUUUGUACAGAUGCCUGAUUUGUUCUUUGCCAUAAUUAUGCCUGAGUUAUAAGUGGUUAUACUUGAGUUUUCCAGGUUGGGAAGUGUUCAAAUAAGAUGUACAGGAGUAUGUUGGUUUCCUGGACUAUAAUUUGGUCUGUUUUUACUGCAAUAAAAGGAAUUAUUUUACAGUG